GUAUUUGUCACCGGUAGUGGGGCGAGAUUUGCUCUGUUGCAGCAAGUCUGAAAGAGAGGGUGGGCGUGACGUCAUGGCACAGUGCCGCGUCCAUGUUCCGGUUUUUUCUCUCUUUUUCUUCAGUUUGGACUAAAACGCGAAGUGUGUUCAGAGUUGAUGAGUUGUAGAAGAAGGCCUACUGGAACCUCCACAGAAUGCUAGUUGCUGAUCGUAGCGCUGACGGCAAAUCGCGUUUAGAUCGCCGAUGUAAGAAAUACUUUGACCCGUGUCGAUCUAACUUCUCAGUUCUCUAGUUUUUCAAUAGUGAUUUGUUUUAACCCGUUGAUAGCGAAGAUCUGACGCGUUUCGUUGCCAAGGCUUUUCCGCUACAACUGGACACACUGACCUCCGUUCGUAAGGGAAGCUGCCUCGGUCGAAGUUCCCCGCAUGAGCGACUACGGGACGGGUUUCGGCUGUGGCAGUUCGAGGUCUCAAAAGAUGCGGAUGCCCAAAGUAGGAAGAGUAUUUCUCGCGACGUGUGUUGGCUCACUUUUUAUCCUGCUGUUGUACUUUCAGAGCACCUCAAAGCCAGUGGAGUCUACAGGGAACAGCAGCAGACCAGAGAAGGCCAGGAGGAGUCCUCUACAAACCCUCUACAAUGGAGACCAGGUGGCAUUGUCCGCCGCCCAGGCGUCCCUGCGAGGUCGAAGGUCACACCUGGAGGAGGGCUGCCUAAGCCACACCCGGAAGAGGCGUGUCCUGUCGCCUGAGGACCUGCGGCACCUCAUCGUGGAUGACCGUCACGGCCUGCUCUACUGCUACGUCCCCAAGGUGGCCUGCACCAACUGGAAACGCGUCCUCAUGGUGCUCACGGGCGACGGACGCCAGUCCGACCCACUCGCCAUCCCCGCCAACGAGGCCCACGUGGCGGGAAACCUCCACACGCUAGCCGAGUUCCCCGUGGCCGAGAUCAACCACCGGCUCCGCUCCUACCUCAAGUUCCUGUUUGUCCGCGACCCCUUCGAGAGGCUGGUGUCGGCCUACCGCAACAAGUUCACGCGGAGCUACAACACGGCCUUCCACAAGCGCUACGGCACCAAGAUCGUGCGCAGGCACAGGGCGGGGGCGCGACCCGAGGCGUUGGAGAGGGGCGACGACGUGACGUUUGACGAGUUUGUCCGGUACCUGGUGGACCCGCGGACGCAGCGAGAGGAGCCCUUCAACGAGCACUGGGAGAGGGUUCACUCACUCUGCCACCCCUGCCUCAUCCACUACGAUGUGGUGGGCAAGUACGAGACGCUGGAUUCAGACUCCAGGGCCGUCCUGCAGCUUGCCGGGGUGGACGGGGAGGUGAGGUUCCCCACCUCGGCCAAGAGCACACGGACCAACGGCGACAUGGCGGGGCGCUUUUUCAAAUCCGUCAACCCUUUCUACCAGAAGAAGCUUCUGAAUCUCUAUCGCAUGGACUUCCUGUUGUUUAAUUACUCCACCCCUGAGUACCUCAGUGUCAGCUGAGAGGAGGGCCGUUCUGACUCUCGAAACAAGCUUCCCCGUUCCCCUACUGAGAGGGACGCUGUAUGGCUGAAGAUAGAGAAAGUUUCAAUUCAAGUCGUUUUUGUUGUUGUUUUUUUCAGUGCUUCAAAUGCUCAAGACUUCAAAGUCUUUUAAGAUUGUUGCUGUGUGCUGAGUUAUCGCUAAAGUCCAAAUCACUUCACGCAUCAAGCGAGUUCAAACUUGAACUCAGGACUUUGACUGUACUGUUUUCUAUUAGCGAGUGAGCCAAGAGUUUAUUUGAAUAUUAUUUAUAGUGCCUUGUCACUGGAAUAUCCCAGAGUGUCACAAUGUUGCCAUGGUCACCCAAUAAGACCUUCUCUGUGCCUUUUUUUCAGUCAAGGACUGUACUAAAUAUACAUGACAUUAUUGAGAUGUGGAACUUAAUGCAUUUCUCACUUCAGUGAGCCAUGGCCAUGAAGUUGUAGAAGGAGAGAAGCAGGUUCUUCUCUCCCCUGCUACACAGCCUGGGUCUGGGCACUAGGACUUCAUCUGGGCAUGGACCAGGACAUGGACGGAAGUUAGGAGUUGGACCUGGGUCUUGGUUGAGGCUAAGACCUGGUCUUGAGUCCAUGUCUCUCCAGGACUACGAUUUAAAUUAACUUAAUCAUCCCUAAAAGAGUAAGCAUGUGUAACACUGCUCAGGGGAGUGUAUUUAUUAUCAUCAAAGACUGUGGAGUCAUGGACUCUGCCUGGAUGAAUGGAUGGAUUCAUGAUGGAGAUUAUGAGUUUUUCAGGAAAAGAGAAUCUGUUUUUUUUUUCUUCUACUUGCUUUUAAAUUCAGUGUCUUGAGUUUCUUUUCUUGAGCACAGACUGGCUAAUGAUGCAACUGAUAAACAUGCAUGCAGUACACACCCAACACACCCUCUCCCUGAUGUCUUUAUAACUCCCUCUCUCCCUCCCCACACACACACACCCAAUCUCUCUUUAUCUCUCUCCCUUCACCCACACACACAUAC